UUACAAAUCGCUUCUCUCUAGCCCCUUGCGGUCCAUUUGGGCGGCGUGAUACCUCGUGUCAACACCGCUGAGCCUGCCUUUCGACGAGAAGACCAGUGUUCCGGACCCUCAGGCGUAAUUAUGCGCGGACGCACCGUGGCUCGCAUGAAAUACGAAGAUUUCGUUGCAAAAUUUAUCCCGACGGCGGAGUCCGCGACUACAAAAGUCUGCUUCCAACUGGAGGACGCCCUUAGAAGUACGGAAGCAUCAUGCUCGCCCUUGAUCAGAGAAAUCAGCACAAUCUUGACAAGUCAUACCAUCCUGAACACCUCCGCCCAUCCUUCUGAGUCUGAAGCGGACCUUCUCGUAUACUCGGGCGCCUAUGUUCACCUGCAGGACUGCACGCGAUACGCGACUGAAUACCACCUGGCGUUCGACAUCUUUGACAGCGCGGUGGUCGACGGUUCCUUGGUACCAGGGACCACCGAAAAGGGCAGCGAUGUUCUCAAGCAAGUGUUUGCGCAUCUCGAAAGCAUGCACAAUCGCCAGCAUCGCCUGUUCUCGCUCUUUCUCUUCGUCAAUGCCGAGUACUUUCGCGUCAUUCGCAUAGACCGGGACGGAUGUAUUGCUUCGGACAAGAGGCUAUGGCAGAAUACCGACAAGUUCCAUCCUCUGGACGACUUUCUUCAUCUAUUCGACCACCUUUCUCUCGAGGAGCAGGGGCUAGACACGACCGUGCGCGAGGUUCCGCAGGAGGACACCGUCUUGGAAGCUCGCGCCCGCGCUGCCCUCGAAUCAUAUGUUCCUCCGCACAAACGGGAGGGGCCCAUUCUCGGGAUGAAGGUGCCGAUCGACGCAGAGGCAAAGUCUGGCUGGCGCUCUUUCUACGUUUGGGCGCCUGAACGUGAUGCGUGCGGUAUCUGCACCCGUGCGACGCUGAGCUGUCCUGCAUGGUGCCCAAGAGAGAACAAGGUCUUCUUCCUGAAGGACUCGUGGCGACCUCUGCACGCAGAGCACGAGGCCGACGUCAUCAGGCAGCUCAACGAGAACGGCGUACGCUACUCGCCGACACUUGUAUGCGGUGGCGAUCUACCAGACCAGCAGACUGUCACACAUCUAUACAUCGUUCACAAGCACAACGUCGGUCAAGACACCAAAUGCCGUCCGCGCGUCCAUCACCGCUUGUUGGAACAUUUUUAUCGUCCGCUUUGGGAGUUCAAGUCCUCCAAGCAUCUUCUGCAUAUCUUGGACAACGCGUGCACAUGUCAUCGGGACGCUGUCGAGAAGUGCCAAAAGCUUCAUCGUGAUCUCAGCUUUCGCAAUAUCAUGUGGGACGACGAGACGCAGGAGGGCAUUCUCGUCGACUGGGAUCGGUGUGCACAGACACCGACGCCGGUUGACAUGGCCAAAGACCCUUGUCUCAAUCCUCUAGCUGAACUUCCCCGGAAAUCGAGCCGCUCUGAACGCACGGGAACGUGGCCGUUCAUGUCGUCUAUGUUGCUAAAGACACCUGGGAAGCUGCAUACCGUGCAGGAUGAUCUCGAGUCCCUAUUCUGGGUCGCCCUCUACAUAAUCCUCCUAUAUUUCCCUUGUGGAGAUAUAGACGUUGUCCCCAUGAUCGACAGGAUAUUCUACGAGAUCGAGACGGACGACGGGACAGCCAGAGGAGGCUCGAAGAAGUAUGAUUUCCUCCUCGCAAGAGGAUUCGCUGCUUUCUUCGACCUUCCAGACAGUGUCUCUGAACCGCUUGCCAUCUGGCUCAGCAUGUAUUGCGGCAUGCUCAACGACUGGGUCCAGCAUCACACCAGUCUCUUGGCUCUACGCGAGCAGUUGACCGCCCUCGAAAAGAAGCAUGGGAAGGGCGUGGACCGCUGGGGUCGAAGUGCGCGCCUUCGAAAGGCCCUCGCUGAAAUCGAGCGUGCUCGGCCUGAUCUUCGCGGCUACGAGGAACUGCAGAACCAGUGGAAGGCUAUUGUAGAGCAGGGCGAGGAGGAGGGGUUGUUUAUCGAGAACGACCGCUUCAACGACGACGUCCAUCAGCAUCCGCCGGAAUAUGUCCUCAAAAUCUACAGGGCCCGGCGCGCAGUCGCGACCGAACAGAAGCGGUUCGACAAUGCGCGCGCCAACCAGCAGGCUAUCGCAGUGCGCAGACAGGGCAGUAGCAAGCAGUUGGCACAAGGCGUCCGCCGGAAGCGCGACAGCGACGAGCCGCAGACGGGCAGCUUGCGUAGCACGAUGCGCCUAAGUCUAGGGCAGUCGGUCGGCCUAGGCGAAGGCGAUGCUGAUGAUGCCCGUCGGCGUCCUACCAAGCGCCCGCGUAGACCCGCUCAGAGCGACAGCGGCGGUGAAGCCAAGGGCAAGGAAAGGCGCACCGGGGACUGAGGAACGGACUUCUCUGUGACUGUUGUUGAGGACGAGCUGCUCCAUUAGCCUGGUGACCAGCCCCUCUUUGCCUC